AUGAAUGCACAGUCUCUCCAUCAUUUUCCCGAAGCCAUCGGCUUCCUCAUUCAGGAAAUCAUACUUGCCUUCAGCUUUAGUCAAAGCUACCUCCAGAGGGUCGUCAAGAAGCAUCAUGGAUGGCCAGAAGAGAAACAUAAAGAGAUGUAUGAGAAGAUGGACACUUUGUUCAGCAAUCUCAACACCAAGUAUGAUGCUGUUGCCACUCAUGUGAAGAAACUAGAGACUCAAGUCACUCAAACUAUGGAAGCUGUUAAGAGACAGGAAGCUGAAUCCAAGAAGUCCUUUUGCAACUCAGCCGCCAUAGAAGAAAGAUUUGAAGACCAAGUUCCAGAAUGGAUGCUUUCAAAACCUACUGUUGAUUGCAUGAUUUGGCCUGAAGAGAAUUACCCAGAGAGAGAGUCCAAUCGAGCUAGAAAGAGAAGACUCUUCCCAAAGAUUAUCCCCAAGACAGAUAACUCAGGAAAGUUUGCUGUGCCUUGUAUCAUCAAAGGUAACAUUCUUGAGCAAUCUUUGUGUGACACAGGAGCCAAUGUGAACAUCAUGUCUAAGAGGAUAGCUGACAAGAUAGGCCUCACCAAGAUAGAGCCAUCAUCCAUCUCCAUCAACUAUGCUGAUUCAUUCUCACAAACCCCCUAUGGCUUUGUGCCUAAUGUGAUGGUGCAGAUUGGAAAUUGCUCUAUCCCUACUGAUUUCCAGAUUGUGGAAAUGAGAGAGAGUAGCCAUAGACCUCUCAUAUUUGGAACCCCUUUCCUGUCUACUGUGGGUGCCAUAUUUGAUUUCCCCAAUCAAAGAAUCUCUUUCAACAAGGUGAACAAGGGUAUGUUCUUCCCUAUGUGUUCAACAAAGAACUCUUUUGUUGACAUGGUCCAAGAGGAGAAAGUUACUUUGAAGCCACCCCAAGAAGGAGAAACUGAAGAAACAAUCAAGGAAGAUCCCAUUCCUAAGCCCAAGCAGCUUGCCAAACAAGCAAGGAGUAAGACUAAGGCCCCUACACCAAAACCGCCCAAGGGAUCAACCAAGAUUGAAGAUGAGGCCAAGCCAAGAAGGAAGGUUAGAAAGCCUAGGUCUGGCCGCAACAUGAAGCUUCUAUUCCCAAAGGAGCUUAUUGAUGAGAAUCUAGAAGGAUUCAAGGAGAAAGUGACAAGAACUCUAAAGCUUUUUCCUAAGGCAGUAGUGCCAAGGGACAUUCAUGGAGAGAUUGUCUAUCCAGCUGUGAAUCACCCACCAGAUACUCAUUGCAAGGAGAAAAGACUUGGAGGAUCAAAGAUGCCUCUUGUCUCCAUCUUCUCCUGA